ACUUUCUGGAAUAAUUGUUGGGUUAUAUUCUUUUCCAAGAAGAUCAUGACAAAACCAACAAGAUUAUGUCUGCAACGAAACAUUUGUUGUCAGUCAAUAAGUAAAAACGACCGUUGGAAGGUAAUGUAAAGGUUAAAAAAUGCGUUGGUGAAACGUAGUAAAACGAAUUUUGAGCCAAACAAAAGUCUUGAUUGUACACACAUUAUACACGCAGAAAGCUAAAUGAUAAUAUAUGACUAUGAAUCAUCUGAUCAUUUGGUGAUACUGUUACAAAAAUCGCAUACAUUUUGAUGAAGUAAUGUCACGUUCACGUAGAAAAAUAUAUAACUAAUUCUUAAUUAACCACCCACAAAAUGACAAACUUGUCAAUUAGUUCAGUAUCACCUGCAACGACGACAUACAACAACAGACACAGAACGGUAGUUGAAAAUAGAUAUCGAAGCAGAUACAAAUGUUGGGAUCUAAUCCCACUAUAACUGAAGGGAGACAUGCAAGCAAGACAUAACAACAUCAUAAAACAAGUCUCUCACUCUCUCUCUCUCUCUCCGGCUAGAUUGUGUAGCUAUUUACCAUGUCGGACGCAGAGAGCAGCACCAAGGAUAGCUUGCUACUGCGAGUAGGCAGAGAUGAUAAAGUAACCUGCAUGGAUAUUCAAGACGGAUCAUUCACAGAAGAACUCAAGCGGCUUAUCUACUUCGCAGCUCCAAUGGCAGCUGUGGUCAUAGCUCAGUUCACUUUACAGAUCAUCUCAAUGGUGAUGGUUGGUCACCUUGGAAACCUAGCUCUCGCCAGCGCCUCCCUCGCUUCUUCCUUCUGCAACGUCACUGGCUACAGCUUCAUCAUAGGAUUGUCAUGUGCCUUAGAUACUCUAAGCGGUCAAGCUUAUGGAGCUAAGUUAUACCGGAAACUAGGUGUUCAGACAUACACAGCUAUGUUCUGUCUUACAUUAGUAUGUAUCCCUAUCUCCAUCAUAUGGUUCAACAUCGAAAAGCUUCUUGUCUUACUCGGCCAAGACCAAGCUAUUGCACAUGAAGCCGGUAGAUAUACUGCCUGGCUCAUCCCUGGACUCUUCUCUUACGCCUUUACACAGCCUCUCACUCGCUACUUCCAAAACCAGAGCAUGAUCACACCCCUCCUCAUUACGUCUACCCUUGUGUUCUGUUUCCACGCUCCUGUAUGCUGGCUUUUGGUUUACAAGUCAGGGCUUGGUUUUCUUGGAGGAGCCGUGGCUAUGGGUUUGUCAAACUGGCUAUGUGCCAUUAUUCUUGGAUGUAUCAUGUGCUUCUCCUCCGCUUGUUCUGAGACACGUGCGCCUCUUUCCAUGGAGAUGUUCAACGGUGUUGGAGAGUUCUUCAGAUAUGCUCUUCCUUCUGCCGCUAUGGUUUGCCUAGAGUGGUGGUCAUUUGAACUCAUAAUAUUACUAUCUGGUCUCUUACCCAACCCGGAGCUGGAGACUUCUGUGCUCUCUAUCUGUCUUCAAACAAUUGCGACAGUCUCUGCAAUACCAAUUGCCAUCGCGGCUGCAGCAAGCACAAGAAUCUCUAACGAGUUAGGUGCUGGUAACUCUAGAGCAGCACAUAUUGUGGUCUACACGGCAAUGUUUCUUGCUGUUAUGGAAUCACUGGUAGUGAGUAUGUCUUUACUAGUAGGAAGGAGUGUUUUCGGCUAUGUUUUCAGCAGUGAUGAGAGAACCGUCGACUAUGUUGCAAAGAUGGCUCCAUUGCUCUAUGUUUCUAUCUUACUGGAUGGUUUACAAGCGGUUCUCGCAGGUAUUGCAAGGGGAUGCGGAUGGCAACAUAUAGGGGCUUACAUCAAUUUAGGAUCUUUCUAUCUAUGUGGGAUACCAUUUGCAGCAACUUUAGCCUUCUGGUUUAAUCUAGAAGGUGUUGGCCUUUGGAUUGGAAUACAAGCUGGUGCCCUUGUGCAAAAUUUUCUGCUAGGUCUUUUCACAGGCUUCACAAACUGGCCAAACCAGGCCCUUGAAGCAAGGAAGCGAAUGGCUUUGGCCUAAAGGUAAUGCAAGCGCUGCCUAAGAGCACUUACCUAGUCAAAACCAGUUCCUCCUGUUUUACCAUGUUUGUAGUUAAAUCAUUGUAUGUUAUUAUUGGACUAGUGUUGUAGGAGUAAGACUGUACAUCCUGUUUCCACCAAGCUUUGCUUCUGGUUUUAAAUGUUUUCUAUUUGCAGUAAGUUAAACUUCA